AUGGUGCUCCUUAAUACAACCUCACGAAUACUCUCCGCGAUCUCAUCCCUGCCAUCCUCUGAUCGCUCCUCACUAAGCAAUCUUCCUACCACGAUCGACGCACCCAUCGAGCACAAGACCCUUCUAGCGAUAUCUCGAUGCUCGAGGCAAUUUACUCUCAAUGCUCUGUUACAUGGCACCCAUGUUUAUAUUGCCCCUCCACUGCGAAAGUCCGAGCCGUCCCCGCAGUAUGUUGCGCUCAUGGCCCGCCUACGCAAGGAGCAGGAGAAGCGUGAGUACGCCGCUUUAGUAUCAAGACGGGCAGUUGAGCAGGCAGACGUCGAAGCGGACGGAGGCAAAGAUGACAUCAGUCCCUCAUUGGUACUCAAUAUCUUGCUUAGCGUUGUCAUGUGUGCUGCUACCAUGUUAUAUUUGACCAGAUGGUGGCAUAAUGACGGAGUUCGAGUCCUCGUAUCGCUAGGUACGGGUCUCGUGGUCGGUAUCGCUGAAGUGACUGUGUAUGCUGCUUACCUGAGGAACGUCCGGGUCAGCAUAGAAAGAGAGAGAGCCAAACAUGAGAAGAAACAGUUCAUCACCGAGUUUCGGGGUGAUGAGCCAGGCAUACCUCUGGAUCAUAUCCUCGAUGAGAAGGAGGAAAUCUGGGGUCGUGGAAAACAUGGUGGUAUGAGAAGAAGAGUACGGGAGAAGUGGGAGAGAGAACAGAACAAGAACGACCAUUGA